AUGGCGACUGUAACGAGAUUAGUUAAAAUGAAUUUUAUAAGCAAACGUUUGUAUAGUUCAAAGAUCAAAUUAAAUGAUGUUGUGAUAGUUAGUGCUGUGCGUACCCCAAUGGGUUCAUUCCUUGGAUCUCUAGCAAACAUGUCAGCUACUAAGCUUGGUGCACUAGCUCUACAAGCAGCUAUUGAAAGAGCUGGUAUUGUCAAAGAACAAGUUAAAGAGAUAUAUAUGGGCAAUGUUUGUCAAGCUUUUUUGGGUCAAGCGCCAGCAAGACAGGCUGCAUUAUUUGCAGGUCUUCCAACGUCAACAAUAUGUACAACAGUAAAUAAGGUUUGUGCGAGUGGUAUGAAAAGUGUCAUGUUGGCUUCUCAAUCUCUGCAAUGUGGGCAUCAAGAGAUCGUUUUAGCUGGUGGUAUGGAAUCUAUGUCUAAUGUGCCAUAUUAUUUAUCACGUGGUGAAACGUCAUAUGGUGGAGUAAAAUUGGAGGAUGGAAUUGUGUUUGAUGGAUUGACUGAUGUUUAUAAUAAAUGUCACAUGGGUAACUGUGCUGAAAACACAGCUAAAAAAUUUAAUAUUACUCGUCAGCAACAAGAUGAGUAUGCCAUCAGCAGUUACAAACGCAGUGCAGCAGCUUAUGAUAAUAAUGUAUUUAAGGAUGAACUUGUAUCUGUUAACGUACCUCAAAAAAAGGGUAAACCCGAUGUAAGUUUUACUGCAGAUGAGGAAUAUAAAAGAGUCAACUUCGAGAAGUUUAGCAAAUUGAGCACAGUUUUCCAGAAAGAGAAUGGUACAGUAACGGCUGGAAAUGCAUCCACGCUAAAUGAUGGUGCUGCUGCUUUAAUUUUAAUGACCAGUGAUGUCGCUCAAAAAUUGAAUCUCAAGCCUUUGGCUAGGGUUGUCGCUUUUCAGGAUGCGGCAACGGAUCCUAUAGAUUUUCCAAUCGCACCGGCUCUUGCAGUGCCAUCACUGCUUCAAAAUGCUGGAGUUAAUAAAAAUGAUAUAGCUCUGUGGGAAAUCAAUGAAGCAUUCAGCACGGUGGUUGUGGCAAAUCAGAAAUUACUCGACAUCGAUCCUGCCAAGGUAAAUGUUCACGGUGGUGCCGUUUCACUUGGACAUCCUAUAGGAAUGUCAGGAGCACGUAUCGUAGUACACUUGGUGCAUGCAUUGAAAACUGGAGAAAAAGGCGUUGCAUCAAUUUGCAACGGAGGCGGUGGAGCGUCAUCAAUCCUGAUUGAGAAAUUGUAAGUUCGCAGAUCAUCACGGAUGCCAUUUCCAUUUGCACAAACCAGGCAAUCUAUUUUUAAUACCGAUAUUAUGAAUUGUAUAUAAAA